AUGAACAUUUUUUCUGGAAAUGGGCCACUAUCGGUAUUUAAUCCGUUCUCUGAAGAAGAGCCACGUCAGAAUCGCUCACAAAUCAUUCAUCGAGUGAAAAACUCAAUUAUUGCUCUUCGAACUCCGGAUGCUGAGUUAUGGUCUAUGAUAGUUCGAUUAGGAAAGGCUCAAGAUACAUUGAAGGAAUCCGUCGUUUGUAUUGAUCGAUUAGACACAUUGAUCACGCCAAUAUCCAAAAUUCGAGGUCUUUUAAGAUUGACUAUGAUGCAGAAGAAGCUAAACGAACUCUUUGAAAGGAUUGUGAAUAGCUCAUUUUUAAAGGAUUAUUACGAGUCGUGGAGUUUUCUAAGACAAGAAAGAGCAAUAAUAUUAUGCGGAGCACUUGUUGGAAUUCGAGUUAUUGAAUGCAAUCUCGUAUUGGACUAUGGAAAUCUUCAAGAACAACCUCUUAGUGUGGACCUCUCGCUCUAUGUCAAACUUCCAACCGUAUCGGCUGAAGAGGAGAUUGAAAACCCGAAUGAAAAUGACGAAAAGAAAAAAUUUGAUAAGGAGCGAAAAUCUUUGUUGGACCAAAAUAAUUAUUUGGAAGAACGAAUUCGACAACUUGAAACGAAUCUGGAGGAUGAGCGGAGAAAACUGGAAAAAAUGGUGGAAUCGAAAAGCGAAAUUUCUUUUGACAUGAAUAACAUUGUAAGCUACAGACCAUCAGAUGAGCGAGAAGAUCACGACGAUGUAAUGAAGGAGAUGGAGGAGCUCAAGAAAGAUAACGAAAAUCUGUCGACAAGGGUUGUCGAGCUCGUUGAUAGUUUGAAAAUAGCUGAGGAACAAGUAUCGGAUAAGGCCAAAGUUUGUACUGAUUUAUAUGAAAAAUUGCGUCUUUCUGAAGAAUGUAUACGUAAAUUAGAAGAUGAUUUCUUGAGACUGAAAAAACACUACGAUGAGGACAAACAAUUUUUUUGUGAUAAAAUUUCUAAACUGGAAACUCAGUUAAGCGAAGCCACAAAGAAAUUAACGGAGAAACGUGAAGAUGACGAUGUUCUUAGAAGUGAAUUUCAAAAGAAAUGCGAUUUACACAACGACGCUAUAUCUAUUCUUGAAACGAAGCAAAGAUCAUUGUCUGAAACUGAAGAACGUUUAAGAAUUGUAGAACGUGAAUUGAAUGAGGCGAGAAGAGGUUUGCAGGAGAUGCCGUUUUUAAAAGACGAAAAUUUGGAGCUGAAACAGAAUCUGGAAGCUGAAAAGCAACGAGCCGAUGAAUAUGAAAAAGUUCUGAAAGAGUUAGGAGGAAGUUUAAGCGAAUCUAAAUUGCGGAUGGUUGAGCUGACUGAGGAAUUACUUCCACUAUCUGAUGCUCAGUGGGCGAAAGAUUCUGACGUGACGAAUUGUACAAGCUGUUCGGAAGUUUUCACGAUUACCAAAAGAAAACAUCACUGCAGAAUGUCAUCGAGAUUCUUGCGAUCCGCGGUUUCCCGAGCCACCCAGCAACGUGGGAUGUACGAAAAUCCGUACAUUAAUCGAUUCAAAGCAAGAAGUCAAGUUUCAGAUGGAUUCCAUAAAAAGAGCACCGGAUUGACUGGAUUGUUCGUCAAUGAGCACCCACAUCGUGCUCUGACUGUUGUAUACGGAAGAAUCUUGCGUGCAUUGGAGCAAAUGCCUGCUGACGCUGCUUAUAGAAAGUAUACUGAGCAGAUUGUGAAACAACGCCUUGCCUUGGUUCAGGCUGAGAAUGACAUUCAAGCUCUUGAGAAGAAAAUUGGAAUGGGACAAAUUGAAGAAGUCAUUGAGCAAGCGGAGCUCGAGCUCGAGACAACUCGCGCAAUUCUCGAGUCGAAGGCUUGGGAGCCGCUUGUCGAAGGUGCACCAAAAAACCAAUGGACGUGGCCCGUUUAA